AUGGUGCCGUUCACACUACUGUCAUUAAUAGGUGUGCAAAGUACUCUGGGAAAGGCAGGGAGAGAACGGCAGCAGGGUUUGAGUGCUACAAAAAGAGAUUUAAGAAGUGAGAGCAGCAUGGAGCACCUGUCUGAGUAUGUUGAAGGGCCCCUUUUGGACAAUCUUUACUGGGACACGUGGUACAACAACAUCAGUUUGCCACAAGAUGAAAAUUUAAUCUUCUAUGAGAAUGCCCUAUUAGGUGUCCCACGGAUUCGUCAGCUGAAAGUACGCAAUAAUUCUUGUGUUGUUCAUGGGUAUUUUGAGAAUUCAAUACUGGAUUGCUAUGGUGCUUAUUCACAUGAAAAUGAAGAUGUAUCCACAUUUGGUCCUGGGAACCAUGCUGCAUGGAAAUAUCAACAGCCUAAACUGUAUGACUGGUACUGGGGAGAACUUGGAUAUUAUGGAAGUGGUGGGUAUGUUGUGAAUUUGACAAGAACAAAACCUGGAAGUGCAAAGCUGCUUGCUGAUCUCAAACAUAAUAGCUGGCUUGAUGUUGGAACAAGAGCAGUGUUUAUAGAAUUUUCUGUAUACAAUGCCAAUGUCAACUUGUUUUGUAUAGUCAGAUUGUUAAUAGAAUUUCCAGCUACAGGUGGUGCACUGACUUCCUGGGACUUUUGUUCUGUGAAAUUUCUAAGAUAUGUUUCAGCCAUAGAUUAUUUCAUUGCUUCAUGUGAGAUCAUCUUUUGCCUUUUCAUGUUUGCAUUCCUUAUUCAAUCCUGUGUAGGACUCUGUAAGAUGAAGAACAUGAUUUCAUACUAUAAAAAUGUUUGGAAUUGCAUCGAUUUGGUUAUGAUAGCAAUUGCCUUUGUGGCUAUUGGUUUCCAUGUGUAUUGCACAGUAGAAGUACCAAAAUUAAUGGUAGACUUAUCGCAUAAUCAAACUACUUACACAGACUUUCAAUUCCUUGCCUACUGGCAAGUGCAAUAUAAUAAUAUGAUUGCUUUCAACAUCUUCCUAGCAUGGAUAAAGGUAUUAAAAUUUAUAAAUUUCAACAAGACUAUGACUCAGCUGACAACAACACUCUUUCGCAGUACCAAAGAACUCAUUGGAUUUGCAGUCAUCUUCUGUAUUGUUUUCUUAUCAUAUGCUCAGUUUGCAUACCUUAGUUUUGGUGCAGAAUUAGAAAGCUUCCACACAUUCCAGAAUUGCAUGUAA